CUGUUAUUGUUAAGUAGGCUAUUAAUACUCAGUCCUGUAUAAGAUGACCAAUACUAGUUUUUUUUUAUUGCCAGAUACACGACAGCAAUCAGUAAAAUAUUGUGAUGUGAGUACAGUAUUUCAUAUGUUAGCUAUGCGUAUAAGCUGUCCUGGCACCGCUGCUCAAUCUCUCUCCUCUGGCCAUGAAUUCUCUCCCUGCUCUCUGGGACACAUAACGGGCUCAUAAUUGUAGGGCUGCGGUCCGUCAUAUGUACUGUAUACAUUUACAGUUUCCUCUGGGUCAGAACCUGAACCAGGAUCCAUUGUUUUCCUAUUGUCUAAACUGACCGGUCUCCCUCUGUGUGGCAAACUAUAUCCAAAUACUUUUUUCAUUUUUUCAACACUAUAUUCCAAAUUGUAUUUCUUUACUAGUAAUGUUAUUGGGGUGUGAAGAUGACAAGACCAAAAGAUGGAGGAGGAAUUGUCAUGAAGAAAAAAAUAAACGACCAAGAAGGACUGCACAAUUGCCAUCCCGCCCUGCAGCUGCCAUUGUCCAAUUGGGAACUAAUGAGCCAUCUUUAAACGAUGGACAUUCGACACAAGGGGCCGGAAGUGAACCAUCCCCACAUAGGGCCCCGAACGGAGAAGGACCAUCCUCCCACUGUCCCAGCGGAGGCCCGCCAGCCUCCAACUUCACAUCAGUCUCUGGAAUUCCUUCUGAUGUCCUAACUGAACUGCAGGGCAAUGAUAAUGAACCAGAAGUGCUCCCUGAUAACGCCGAUUGGAUUUUUGAUGAUGGAGGACUUACCUUCUGUGAAGGAUUUGAAGACAGUUUAGAUGAGGGGAGUGCACAGUCAACUUGCGAGGACAAAACAGACUUGCCUUUGUAUGACAAUGCAUCGAUAACUGUUCCAGAGUGCCUUUUGAUUAUCAUGGCUUAUGUGAACUGCCAUAAAGUAACUGAUACGGCCCUUAGCGACUUGCUCAAAUUGUGCAAAUUGCUUUGUCCCCAUAGUCUGAAUACAGAUCGCUUGAACAGUGUACAGAAGUUCAAAGACUAUUUUUUUUCUCAGUCUGCUUCAUCCCCUAUUUUACAUAAAUAUUGCAGUAAAUGUUUUGUGUCCAUAGAGGGUGAACAGUUGCAAUGUCAGUCUUGUGCGACUAGUGUGUCAGAAGAAGGAUACUCCUCAUAUUUCAUUGAGGUUCCAAUUGAUGCUCAAAUAAGGUCAUUUUUUCUUACACCUGGUUUUCAGGAGAAGCUUAACUUUAGAUUCAGCCGGAAUAAAAAAGAUCCAAACAACAUUGAAGACAUAUAUGAUGCAGACAUUUACAAAAAGCUUGUAGAUCAGGGUGGUCCUCUUAGUAACCCUAAUAACAUAUCCCUUACUUGGAACACAGAUGGGGUACCUGUUUUCAGAUCAUCUAAGUUUUCAGUGUGGCCUUUUUAUUGUGUCAUUAACGAACUGAGCUUCAUUGAACGCACAAAAAGACAAAAUAUGAUAUUUGCUGGGCUUUGGUAUGGUGAUUCAAAACCAUCCAUGCAUACUUUUCUUAAACCACUAAGCGACACACUGAGAAAACUUGAAGAUGAUGGAAUCCUUGUGCAACCUGCAGAGGCAUCUGAACCCUUUGUGUCUAAAGUGCUAACUAUUGCAGGAACAUGUGACUUGCCUGCCAAAGCGUUAGUACUUAAUUCAGUGCAAUACAAUGGGAAAUAUGGAUGUCAUAAAUGUGAACAGCCUGGGGAAACUGUGAAGACUGGGGAAAGGGGACAUGUUCAUGCAUUUCCAUUCAUAACUGAAGAUCCAAAAGGGCCACCACGCACAGAUGAAGGGUUUGACCUUGAUGCUAAAAUUGCAGAUGACACCGAAAGUACUGUAAAAGGGGUGAAGGGUCCCUGUGUGCUUAGAAAACUAAAAAGUUAUAAGUUAAUUCAAGGCACUGGCAUUGAUUACAUGCACUCAGCUCUUCUGGGAGUGAUGCGCCUUUUGAUGGCUCUCUGGUUUUCUCCAGAGUUUUCUUGUAAGCCUUUCAGCAUCUCAAAACAUAGUAAGGAAAUAGACCAGAGAUUAAAAGAUCUCUCCCCUCCAUCUUUAACGAGGUAUCCGCGAUCAGUGUUAUCACACAGAAUGUUUUUUAAAGCAUCAGAAUAUCGUGAUAUUUUGCUCUUUUAUGGACCUGUUGUUUUCCGUGGUAUCCUUGCAACAGCGUACUACAAUCACUUCCUCCUCCUAAGUGAAGCCAUUUUCAUUCUGUUGAUGGAAUCCAUAUCUGUGGAAAUGGUUGAUCAUGCUGAGAAACUGUUGUGGAACUUCUGUUCUCAAAUGUGUGAUCUUUAUGGUGAGCGGUACCUAACUGCAAAUGUGCACCUCCUAGUUCACUUGGCCGACAGUGUCAGGGCCCUUGGUCCAUUAUGGACUCACUCAUGUUUCCAUUUCGAAGACAAAAACUGCUAUUUGUUGAGGCUCAUACAUGGUACUCAGAAUAUACCAAUUCAGAUGGUCUCUGCAGUCAAACUAGUUCAGUCUAUACCUGUUAUUUCACAAACCAUAAAGCCAGCUAAUGACAUAGCUACAUUUUACACUCUGAUGACUAAGGACCAUAGUUUUGGUCAGGAAAACAAUGAUAAAAGAAUAAAACUUUUUGGAGCAUCAAGUGAAGUUCAGUUACAGGAAAUUCACAUGACUACCUUGGAAAGACAUGCUGGUCACUGUAUUGAUCCUAAAACAGUGAGAAGAUAUGAUGGGGCACAAGUUAAGAGACAUUAUCUCACAUCAAGACAUUAUGGGAAAGGCCACAAUAGAAGAAACAAUUGUACAGUUGUUUUUUCAAGUGGAGCAGAGCUAAAAUACGGACAGGUUGAGUUCUUCCUUACGUCUGAACAGUCUGGUGUCAAAUGGGCUCUUAUUAAUGAAUUUGAAUGUGCAGAUUUUACUUUGCUUAGAGAUAGUGUCACAAAUGGUACCUGCUUUCAUGUCGUGCCUCUGUUUGAAACCUCUAAAUACAGUAGCAGUUUUGUUGGGAAAAACGGAGCACUGAAAGGUGAGGACGGGAAGCGUGUGCUGGUGCUGGCUGUGGCACUUGUGCUGGGGUGGGCUGUGGCACUGGUUCUGGUGCUGGCUGUGGCACUUGUGCUGGGGUGGGCUGUGGCACUGGUUCUGGUGCUGGCUGUGGCACUUGUGCUGGGGUGGGCUGUGGCACUGGUUCUGGUGCUGGCUGUGGCACUUGUGCUGGGGUGGGCUGUGGCACUGGUUCUGGUGCUGGCUGUGGCACUUGUGCUGGGGUGGGCUGUGGCACUUGUGCUGGGGUGGGCUGUUGCACUGGUUCUGGUGCUGGCUGUGGCACUUGUGCUGGGGUGGGCUGUGGCACUGGUUCUGGUGCUGGCUGUGGCACUUGUGCUGGGGUGGGCUGUGGCACUUGUGCUGGGGUGGGCUGUUGCACUGGUUCUGGUGCUGGCUGUGGCACUUGUGCUGGGGUGGGCUGUGGCACUUGUGCUGGGGUGGGCUGUUGCACUGGUUCUGGUGCUGGCUGUGGCACUUGUGCUGGGGUGGGCUGUGGCACUGGUUCUGGUGCUGGCUGUUGCACUGGUUCUGGUGCUGGCUGUGGCACUUGUGCUGGGGUGGGCUGUGGCACUGGUUCUGGUGCUGGCUGUGGCACUUGUGCUGGGGUGGGCUGUGGCACUUGUGCUGGGGUGGGCUGUUGCACUGGUUCUGGUGCUGGCUGUGGCACUUGUGCUGGGGUGGGCUGUGGCACUGGUUCUGGUGCUGGCUGUGGCACUUGUGCUGGGGUGGGCUGUGGCACUGGUUCUGGUGCUGGCUGUGGCACUGGUGCUGGGGUGGGCUGUGGCACUAGUGCUGGGAGUGGUACUGGUGCUGGGAUGGGCUGUACCAAAUGGUAAACGACGCACCAAAAUCGCUCUUAAUUUUACAACCCAAUCCUUAGCAGUGUAG